UAUAUUUCGUGGGUUAAAUAUUAUCAUAAAAUUUCUGUACUCCUUGGAAAAUGACAUUGUUAUAAUUUCUUUCGUUAUGUUGCAUUUCGUGAAUGUUGGCGACACUUGAGCCACUUGAGGUUCUAAAUCAAAGCUGAGUGUGAUGGUGGUAGUGUAUUUUUAAUCCAUUCAAUAUUCGCUGGAAAGUCAGUGUCAAGUUAGCAAAAAUGUUUGAGGACGAAGAAGAUCCAUCAAAGACUCCUCCACGGAAUAAGUUGAAAUUCCAGGCCAAACGUAAUCAAAUAUUGUAUAUCUUAAGAAAUGGGAAGAUAUGUUUUCGUGGGUUAAGCCGGGACCAGACGAGAACCGGGCAUUUUGUACGUUGUGUAGGAAGGAUUUUAGUAUUUCGCACGGUGGACAAAGUGACCUGAGGCAACAUGCACAAUACAAGGGACAUAAAAUUAAGGAAAAUUUAAUUCUGAAAGUUCAAAUAAACUUUCGAAAUACUUUGUUAAUUUGAACAAUAAAGAAGCGUAUGACAACAGCACCACGUGCGAACUUGGUUUAGUGUAUCAUGCAGUGAAACAAAACUUAAAUUAUUCCAGUCUGGACUGCGGAAGUAAACUUGUGUCGCAUAUUUUCAGUGAUUCCGCGAUUGCUUCCAAACUUUCAUGUGGACACACUAAAGCGAAAAUGAUAGUGAAGUACGUUUUUGCUCCUAAAAGUGUAAACGACUUUGUGUCUAUUUUAAGAUGUCCAGAAAAUACUUAACAUUUUUUUUUAUUGGUUACCGAUGCAUCAAACAGAAGCAAUCGAAAAAUGUUCCCUGUUUGCAUCCGGUACGUCGACCCUUUAAAGGGAGUGCAGAAUAAACUUCUAGAUUUUGUUGAAAGUGCUGAGGAAACGUCUAUGGCAAUUACUGGUUUGGUGCUGCAGAGCUUAGAAAAGUACAACUUGGAUGUAAAUUAUGUGUCUUCUUAUUGUGCAGACAAUGCCAAUGUGAAUUAUGGAAAAAAACAUUUCGUAUAUCAGUUGCUGCGAAGUAAAAACCCAAAUUUACUGAAAGCUAAUUGCUCUAAUCAUGUCAUACAUAAGACAAUUAAGUUUGCAAGUGACAGAGUAGAUGUUGAUGUUGAAAGUGUAGUCUUAAAGAUAUAUAAUCACUUCUCUGUCUCUGCCAAAAGAAGAGAAGAGUUAAAAUCAUGCUUUGAUUUCUCAAUUUGGAGUGGACUUAGAUUUUGAGGCAUGUUCCAACUAGGUGGCUGUCAUUAACACAGCCAUUUCUCAACUGCUUCAGAACUGGGAAGCAAUGAAAAGUUAUUUCAAUAGUAUUCCCAACUGCCAAAAAUUAUUAUCUAACAUUUUCAUGAAAGAUGACCCAGAGGAAGCAGUGUUGCCUGAAAUCUACUUUAAUUUCUUAAGUGAUAUUGGAAGUCAGCUGGAAAUGGUAGAUAAAACACUGGAAAGGUCUGACUUAAGUGUACUAGAGACUUACAAACAAAUGAAACUUCUUAGUUCUAAAAUCCAGCAGAGAAGGAAAGACAACUUUUUUUGGUAGCAAAGCAAAAGAACUCAUUAAUGGAUUGUGUAUGCCAUUACAGAAAAAGGUUACUGAAGACCUGAACAGCUUUUAUAGCAAUAUGCUUCAGUAUCUGCAAAAAAGAGAUAUGAUGUGACAGAUGACAGUCCCUGUGCAUCCCUUGCAACAUUUUCUCUACAGGAAGGGAUUGAGUUCAAAGAUUUUGAAAAAGCCAUAGAAGUGUUUCAGCUAAGUGAAAAUGUUUGCAUUGAUGACCUGUGCGGGGAGUUCAGCAGCUAUCGAGAUUACCUCUGCAACAGUGUGAACAGAUAUGAAUAUGGAGUCUCAUAAAAUUCAACCACCAGAUGGCAGUCAGGCUGAACCUGGAGCUGCCACAGGCAGUAGUCAUCCUCAUCCUAGCCUCCAACAGAGGAUGAAGCUUCAGGGAAACCGCAGCAGAUACCAUCCAUACCAGCAGGGUUCAGGAUCAUCACAGCAGUCUAGGUCUUUGUCGGAAGCAAUGUCCAUAGAAAAAAUUGUUGCUAUCAAAGCUAAACAUCUGGCAAUGAAGAGGACAACUAUAAAAGGAACUGAUGAUAUAGGUUUAGGCUCAGAUCACCAUGUCAUGUUAGAUUUUGAUGUUGCUGCAACAAAAUAUAUCAUCUCCAGAGAACGGCAGGGGAGGACACGUACAACUGUGCUUCAGAGCACUGGAAAGAUAUUUGAAGAUAACAUAUUUGCCAUGCUGCAGUCAGUUAUAAAUCGAGAAGGAAGGGAGGACAGGUGUCCACAACCUUCACCAGUUAUCCCACGAAAUGCUCCUAUCCAGUCCAUACCCCAGCCUACUAUGUACAGCAGAUAUGAUCAAGAGAGGUUCAUCAGACACACAGAAACUGGGGGAUUCAAGAUAGACACCCUCAGUACUUACUGCGGAAUGAUCUUCAAAUCAAUGACUGAAGGAACGCAGCCAAAGAAAGUACAGACUCCAUCUCAACAAAUUAUUCCGCAACUUAGACCUGUGGCUGAGCCAAAAAUUGCAGUUCGGCGGAACAAGAAGAUCUCUCGGACGCCAAUAAUAAUCAUACCACCUGCAACAACACCCCUAAUUACAAUGUACAAUGCUAAAGAUCUUCUGCAGGAUCUGAGAUUUGUGAGUUCUGAAGAGAAGAAACGUCAAGGUGCAAAGAAAGAGAAUGAAUUCCUACUUAUGCGUCGGAAAGGUGGUCUCACUGUGCCAUAUCAAGUUAUAGACAACCCCCAGAAACUGAAAAAUGCAGACUGGGAUCGCGUGGUUGCUGUGUUUGUGAUGGGUCCAACAUGGCAGUUCAAGGGUUGGCCGUGGGAUGGCAAUCCUGUGAAGAUAUUUUCAAAGAUCUGUGCAUUUCAUGUCAAAUAUGAUGAGAUGAAGUUGGAUGCUAAUGUGAGUGGUUGGGCUGUACAUAUUAUUGAAGUCUCUCGUACAAAACGCCAUUUGGAUUAUGCAGCAUUGAUGACCUUUUGGGAGAGACUGGAUAGAUCUUGUAGAAGAUUUCUGCCAUUGUACAUGAUAAUGGUGAGCCUAUGGCUAUGCCUGACCUUGGUUUCUAGAAUUUUUCAUUGAAAAUAUAAUGAAAAGUUCUCGUUGGUGUCUCCACCUUAUCAUGGUGAGGGGGUUUGAGUAUGCCAAGGACC